AAAAAGGACCAAAGAUUUUCUUCUACUUGCGCGCCAUCUUGCAUUUCUCAGGAAUUAACUUAUGAAAGAACAGUAACGAUCUAGUUAUGAAAACAGAAACUAGAGUAAAACAAAGUAUCGAUUCCUCCAAUGAGGCAUCGACAAAGCAAGCUUUCCUAACAGUUGCAAUAAUUUUCAUUACCUCAUUAUUGGCGCUAUUUUAUGUAUAUACUAGUUUUCCACAACUCGCAGAAGAUGAACGACAACAUAUGAAGUUACCAUUACAUAUAGAGGAUGCAAAAAAUUUGGGUAAACUGUUGGGCCGAUAUAAAGAUUUAUAUUAUUUUCAAGUGCUGACUGGAUUAUUUAUCACGUAUAUUUUUCUACAAACUUUUGCUAUUCCAGGUUCUAUUUUCCUUUCAAUUCUUUCUGGUUUUCUUUUCCCAUUUCCUUUAGCUUUAUUGUUAGUAUGCACCUGUAGUGCAGUAGGAGCAUCACUUUGUUAUCUUCUAUCAUCAAUUUUGGGACGUAUAUUACUUUUCAAGUAUUUCCCAGAAAAAGCACGCGAAUGGACGCUAACAGUGAAAAAGCACAAACACCACCUUUUUAAUUAUAUGCUGUUCCUUCGGAUGACUCCACUACUUCCAAAUUGGUUUAUAAAUUUAGCCAGUCCUGUAAUAGGAGUGCCCCUUGCACCAUUUACUUUGGGUACUUUCUUUGGAGUGGCUCCACCAUCAUUUGUUGCAAUACAAGCAGGACAGACAUUACAAAACUUGACAUCAUCUAGUGAUGCAUGGUCUUGGAAUAGCAUCUUAAUGUUGUGUGUAUUUGCAGUACUUUCAUUAGUACCUGUUUUAUUUAAACAAAAACUACAAGAAAAGUUAGAUUGAAGCUUAGGAAAUAAAUUUAAAGAAUUUAUUUAUUUGAAGGAUAUAUGCUUAUUUAUUUGAAAUAUUACAUUAAACAUAAUGUAACAAAAAAUAAGUAAUUAAUUUUUAGUUUAAUUAUUGAUAUUGAAUUGAUUUCAAUAUAAUUCUGUUGACCAAGCCAUAAAACACAUUCCUUAAUCUAAAAUCAAAUGCUUUUUUUUUUAAUUUUUUUUUUAAUACAAACAGAUCUCACCACCCCAAUUUUACAAAGAUUUACUGGCUAAACGAUAACUCUGUCAAAAUUAGCACAAAGUAAUUAAAAUUGCAAUUAUAUAAACGGAUAUGCACAAACACUUAUUUUAAUGAAAGGAUAAUGAAAAUAACCACAUCACUGUAGACAAAUUAUUUAGUAUAAACUUGGAAGGCUAAUCGGACGCCAGUACCACCAAUUGUACCACACUGAAAAAUAUGUAGUUUUAACAGUGAAUUGUUAAAUAAUAGUACAGAAUAUAUGUAAGUAGAAUGAAAUGUAAAUAAAUUUUCUGUUAAAAUCA